AUGAGUCUCUCGGGAUCAUGUGAGGAAGAGGUUUCUGUCUCUAAAACGUGUCUGCCUGAGGAGUACUGUGAAACUGACAGUGUUCAGCAGGAGAGAUCAGACUCACCUGUACCCAGCUGUGUGUCCAUGAAGAGUGACCGGUCUAAAGAUCAGCCACCCAGCUUCAGAGAGGGAGAGUUCCCUGAUGAACAAAGAGGGUUCCACAAGGAGAGAACAAAAUCAGAAGGUUCCAGUGUUCAGUCUGUCCAGAAUCAUGUGAAAGAUCUGAUCUCUAUAUUUGAGACCCUUGAGAAUAAAAUCAUCACUUUUGUGAAGAACGAGCUGAAAAGACUGAGGAAGCUUCUGACUGCAGAAAAGUCUGAAUGUUUUGGGGGUCUGAAGGAGGACGAUGUCAGUGCCAGAGAGGGAGUUCUGAAGAUCACACUGCACUUCCUGAGGAACAUGAACCACAAUGACCUCGCUGACACACUGGAGAAAAAUGAGGGUAUUGUGGCCCAUCAGCAGAAAUUAAAGUCAAAUCUGAGGGAGAAAUGUCAGUGUGUGUUUGAAGGAAUAGCGAAGCAAGGAAACUCUACGCUCCUCAGUAAGAUCUAUACAGAUCUCUACAUCACAGAGGGUGGAAGUGGAGAGGUCAAUAAUGAGCAUGAGGUCAGACAUAUUGAGACAGCAUCCAGGAGACCAACAACACAAGAGACACCAGUACAAUGUAAUGACAUCUUUAAACCCUCACCUGGACAAGACAAACCAAUCAGAACUGUGCUGACAAAGGGAGUUGCUGGCAUUGGAAAAACAAUCUCCGUGCAGAAGUUCAUUCUGGACUGGACAGAAGGAAAAGUCAAUCAAGAUAUAAAGUUCAUAUUUCCAUUUCCAUUCCGGGAGUUGAAUUUGAAGGAGAAAGGCAAGUACAGUUUAGUGGACAUUAUUCAUGUCUUUUUCCCAGAAACAAAGGAAAAUAAGUUUACUACCAUUGGCAAGAGCAAAGUCAUGUUUAUCUUUGAUGGUCUUGAUGAGUGUCGAAUUCCUCUGGAUUUUCAGAACAAUGAGAGUUUGUGUGAUGUAACAGAACCAACGUCAAUUGGACGUCUGUUGACAAAUCUGAUCCAGGGAAAUCUGCUUCCCUCUGCUCUCCUCUGGAUAACCUCCCGACCAGGAGCAGCCAGCCUCAUCCCACCCAAAUGCGUUGACCUGGUCACAGAGGUAAGAGGUUUCAAUGACUCACAGAAGGAGGAGUACUUCAGGAAGAGAAUCAGUGAUCAGAACCUGGCCAACAGAAUCAUCUCACACAUCAAAACAUCAAGGAGCAUCUGCAUCAUGUGCCACAUACCAGUCUUCUGCUGGAUUUCAGCCACUGUUCUAGAGAGAAUGUUGGGUGAGUCAGAGAGUGGAGAGAUCCCAAAAACUCUGACUCAAAUGUAUGUGCACUUCCUUAUCUUUCAGACCAAACAGAGGAAUGAAAAAUAUGAAAAAUGUACCGAGGUGCAGCCAAAUUGGAAUAAAAAGACCAUUCUGUCACUAGGAAAGCUAGCCUAUGAACAGCUGAAAAGAGGGAAUUUCAUUUUCUAUAAAAAUGAUCUGAGAGAAUGUGGUAUUGAUGUCAGAGAGGCCUCAGUGUACUCAGGACUCUGCACCCAAAUAUUUAAAGAGGAGCUUGGACUGUACCUGGGAGAAGUCUUCAGCUUUGUGCACUUGAGCAUUCAGGAGUUUCUAGCUGCCUUAUAUGUGUUGCUGACAUUCAUCAACAGCAACGUAAAUCUCUUAUCCGAAUCAUCAUCCUUCUUCACACGCAUUGCAAAACCACUAACAGAAAAACAUAUGUUCAGCUUACAUAAAAAUGCCAUUGAUACAGCCAUACAAAGUAAGAACGGACAACUGGACCUCUUCCUCCGCUUCCUUCUGGGCCUCUCACUGGAGUCCAGUCAAACCUUCUUACAAGGCCUACUGACUGAGAAAGGCAGAAGAUCGCUGAGCAAAGAAGAGACGGCGAUGUACAUCAAGGAGAAAUUCAAAGAGAAUCUCUCUCCAGACAGAUCCAUCAAUCUGUUCCACUGUCUGAAUGAACUGAAUGACCAUUCUCUAGUGGAGGAGAUCCAAAGCCAUCUGAGCUCAGGAAAUCUCUCCAGAGCUGAACUCUCUCCUGCUCAGUGGUCAGCUCUGGUCUUUGUGUUACUGACAUCAGAGAAGGAUCUGGAUGUGUUUGACCUGAAGAAGUUCAUCAGAUCAGAUGAAUGUCUUCUGAGGCUGCUGCCAGUGGUGGAAGCCUCCAGAACAGUUCUGCUGAAUAACUGUGACCUAACAGACAAAAGCUGUUCGGCUCUUGUUAAAGUUCUCAGCUCAAACUCCUCCAGUCUGAGAGAGCUGGACAUGAGCAACAAUAUUCUGCAGGAUUCGGGAGUGAAACUGCUCUCUGCUGGGCUGGGGAAUCCACAAUGUCAACUGGAGAUACUUAGGCUUUCAGACUGUGGUAUAACAGAGGAAGGAUAUGCUGCUCUGGCUUCAGCUCUGAGAUCAAACCCAUCACACCUGAAAGAACUGGACCUCAGAGGAAACGACCCAGGAGACUCAGGAGUGAAGCUGCUUUCAGAUUUAUUAGAGGAUCCACAAUGUGAACUGAAGACACUGAGGCUGUUGAAAAAUCCUGUUGCAGAGGAAGCCUGUGCUGCUCUAACUUCAGUUUUAGGUAAAAACCCCUUACUGCUGAGAGAGCUGGAUCUGAGGAAGUAUAAACCCGAAGACUCAGGAGUGAAGCAUCUCCCUGCUCUUCUAGAGGAUCCACACUGCAGAAUACAGAUCCUAGAUCUGUCUCGCUGCAGUACAGGAGAGGAAGGCUGUGUUGCUCUGGCUUCGGCUCUGAAGUCAAACCCUUCACACCUGAGAGAGCUGGAUCUGAGUGAGAAUAAACCAGGAUACUCAGGAGUGAAGCUGUUCUCUACCUUACUGGGGAAUCCACACUGUAAACUGGAGAAACUUAACCUGGGUUGGUGCACCAUAACAGAGAAAGGCUGUGCUGAUCUGGCCACAGCUCUGAUAUCAAACCCCUCACACCUGAGAGAGCUGAAUCUGAGACAUAACAAACCAGGAGACUCGGGAGUCAAGCUGAUCUCUUCCCUGCUGGAGAAUCCUCACUGCAAACUGGAGAAACUUGAUCUGUCUCACUGCAGUAUAGGAGAGGAAGGCUGUGUUGCUCUGGCUUCGGCUCUGAAAUCAAACCCCUCACAUCUGAGAGAGCUGAAUCUGAGAUGGAAUGAACCAGGAGACUCAGCAGUGAAGCUGCUCUCUGCUCUCUUGAAGGAUCCACACUGUAAACUGGAGAAACUUGAACUUUCAGAGUGUAAUAUAACAGAGGAAGGAUAUGCUGCUCUGGCUUCAGCUCUGAAAUCAAACCCCUCACAUCUGAAAGAGCUGGAUCUCAGUGGUAAUAAUCCUGGAGACUCAGGAGUGAAGCCGCUCUCUGAUUUCCUAGAGGAUCCACAAUGGAAACGGGUGAAACUGAGACUUUCAGAGUGUAAUAUAACAGAGGAAGGAUAUGCUGCUCUGGCUUCAGCUCUGAAAUCAAACCCCUCACAUCUGAAAGAACAACUGGACCUGAGUAAGAAUAAUCUGAAGGAUUCAGGAGUGAAGUUGCUCGACAAGCUGGAUCUCAGUGGUAAUAAUCCUGGAGACUCAGGAGUGAAGCCGCUCUCUGAUUUCCUAGAGGAUCCACAAUGGAAACGGGUGAAACUGAGGCUGUUGAAAAGUUCUGCUGCAGAGGAGGCCUGUGUUGCUUUGGCUGCAGAUUUAGGUAAAAACCCUCUACUGCUGACAGAGCUGAAUCUGAGGAGAUAUAUACAAAGAGACUCAGGACUAAAACAGUUCUCUGCUUUACUGGAGGAUCCACACUGCAGACCACAGAAAUUGGAGUGA